AUGAGUCGUAAGGAAACGUGGGAUUGGAAAAUUGCCAACAAAAAGAAGGGUGGGUGGAAUGUCGAUAAGGUUUCUGCACCUUUCUUUCUCACCAAUUUUCCUCCUGACUUGGAUAAUAAGCAACUUUGGUCCAUUUUUGAAAAGUAUGGGAGGGUUUUAGAUGUUUAUAUUGCCCGAAAGUUGUCCAAGUUUGGGAAACGUCAUCAUGUUUUUGUUUCUUUGGCCAAGUUUGGAAGGGAGAACACUCAUGUGCAUGGGGAGUCACAGGUGCAUGUGCAUACUAUUGGUGGGGGUAAUAAUAAUUCUCAUAAGGUAACUUAUGCUAAUGCUGUGAAGGGUGUGAUUUUAAAGGCGAAUAAGGCUAAGUUGUCGCUUACUCUUGAGGGUAAGGAUCUUGUUAAUGAUUUGGCUUUGAAACCAUCAGUUUUUUGUCAAGUUAGAAGUGUUAGGUUGAUCCAGAAGUUAUUAGUCUUGCUGAAAGUGGAAGGCCUGUGGUUAAUGGGUUUAAAGUAUUGGAGAGGGUUGUUUGGAUUGAAAUUCUACGAUGGUGCGGUGAAUAAGGUGGCAGGAAUUUGGGGUGAAGUGUGUUUCUUGGAUGAUGAUAAUCAAGCUCCAUUGGCGAUUAAAAGAGUUUGUAAUAAAACAACUAAACCUUCAUUAAUUCAUGAUAAAUUGUCUCUGGUGGUACAAAGAAUUCUGUAUAAUGUAGUGGUUAGAGAAUUUUCAAAUUGGGAACCUGAUAUUUUAUGUAAUGAAGAAGCACUAGAUUGUGAUCUACCUUCUCUCUCGGGUGAUUCGGAAAAGGGUGUUAAUGGUUUUGAUGAUAUUGUAGCUGAAGAAGAAGGGGAAGUGACACCUAAGGGUAAAGUUAAGUAUAUUGAUAUGGAGAAUGAUAAUUCAUUUGGCAUUGAGCAGGAUUAUGUUAGUAACAGGGGGCAGGUUUUGUGGACCGGAAAGGCCGAUUUUUUCAAAUAG